AGCCGCUUAAAUUCAAAGCUGUACUUAAUGGCAAAGACGAGCACUGGUGGGUAUUGUGUUAACGUUUGUCAGGAUGGGUCUUUUGCAAUGUGUGUUAGUGCUGGUUGUGCUUGUGGUGUUUGAUCUGAAGAAUGCUUUUGGAAGUUUGAGUUCCAGUCAAAGUCCGAAAAGCAAGAAGCAUCAAUUGUAUCCAGCUUCCAGAGUGCCUGUUUCUUCUCAAGUGCUCGGGAACACUUUGCAGAAGGCCUCUCCGUUUCAGAGUCUCGACUACAGAGGAUUUGCACAAGAGCCUCUUGGUCUUCAGGAGAAGCAGGUGUUGCAGGGUCCAGUGAAGCCUUUGGACUGGAGGUUCCCCGUUGUUCCAGAAGUGCCGAGUGAGAUGGCGGUGGAUUUUCAUUUGAGGCAACCUGUGACCCCCAGUAGUGUAGCUAUUCAAUGCGGUGAGAACCGGAAUCAUGUGGAGGUACAGCAGGACUUGUUUAGCAAUGGUGAACUGAUCCAGCCAUCUGGUCUGACUCUGGGAGGAUGUCCUGUUGUCGGUUUGGUCCCAGGCUCUAAGGUGCUCUUCUUUGAGAAUGAACUGCAGGACUGCAACAGUGUCUUGAUGAUGACCAAGGAUGAGCUUGUCUACACCUUUGCCCUUACCUACACUCCUGAGGCGUUUGCUGGCACUCCGAUUACCCGUGCAGGUGGUGCAGUUAUUGGAGUUCAAUGCCACUAUCAAAGGUUUCAAAAUGUCAGCAGUAGUGCCUUGAAGCCAACUUGGGUCCCUUAUGCCUCAACGGAGGCU